UAUGAAACAGGCACUUGCUUCAAGACUUUACAGGCGCACACAGACGACAUACUCGACUUGGACUUCAAUCAUCCGAGAGGCAUGCUUGUGUCGUCUUCAUUAGAUGGAACUGUGAAAGCGUGGGAUUUAUAUAGAUAUCGCUGUUUAGGCAAUUUGGAAGGCCAUAAAAGCAUUGUACGAUGUCUUCAAAUGGAAGGUUCUCAUCUUUUGACUGGAUCAGACGAUUCAACGUUGAAGUUCUGGGAUCUUUCAACGAUUCCAAACAGCUCGUCCGAUAGUUCGGUUAUUUCUUCGUCUACAGUAAGUGAUGAGGCAAUAGUGACCAAUGAGUUGUUCACUUUAGAAGGUCAUCGUGCAGAGAUAACAGCCAUAGAUUUCAAUGAUACCCAAAUCGUAUCGGGUUCCAAUGACAAAACAAUCCGACUAUGGAAUAUCGAAACACAACAAUGUCUUUCAUCGCUUGAUGUGCUAUGGACAAGCAAAGGAUUGGAAACUUCAUCAGUAAUAAACCAUAACUAUGCCUAUGCUGCGCACGAUUUUGUUGGUGCGUUACAAUUUUGGGAUUUCGCGUUGGCAACGGGGACUUCUGACGGUAAACUGAAAAUGUGGGAUUUAAGAACUGGUCAAGCACAUAGAACGUUAUCCGGGCAUAAUGCCCCUAUUACUUGCUUACAAUUUGAUGAAGUUCAUAUUGUGAGUGGCAGCUUCGAUAAAACGAUCAGGAUCUGGGAUUUGCGCACCGGCUCUGUUUUUGACACACUUACUUAUACCUCACCUAUAUCCAAUCUACAAUUUGAUGCAAAUAAGAUCAUCAGUUGCGGUUCAACAAGUGAUACGAUAAACGUAAGUGCAUACGCUUGA